UUGAAUAUUGAUUUUUAAGUGGAAUUAUUACGAACUACAUGGAAAUCAAGAAGUGCAGUUUUAGAGAUCAUGUACUUGAUGAUUCAAGAAAAAGUAAACCCCAGUGUAAGGUGAUUGUUCACCGAAAUCUUGCAAUCCAGAAAAAUUGUAUUGAUCUAUUCUCGUGUUGAUGAGUAGGGUGUCUGGCUAUAAUCCUGAAAAUUGGAUCUCAAGAUAUCGCCCAAUACAGAUGGCUAUUUGUCUGCACAGGCUGGAGAUUCAUAGCUCAUAAAUUGAAUUUUACAUGCCUUCGUUGUGUUCAAUCAUGCUUAUGAGCAACGAAGCUCCUGCCAGAGCGGACAGCCAUCUGUAAUGGGUGAUAUCUUCUGAUCCAAUUAAUCAAGAUCAACUGGUAUCCUUCUUUCCGGAUAAUUAUUGCUAAACACCCUACUCAUCAACAGGCAAAUACAAAUUCUCUGAAUUUCAGGAUGUGGGGGAACAAUCACCUUAAACUUUGAUUUACUUCUUUUUUUAGCUACCCGGUAAAAUCCCAGAACUACUCUCCUUGUAAACUGGCUAAGCUUGUAUUGCUGCCACAUGGUAAAAUUAGAUUCCUAUAACUUUGUGGCAAGCACAAUUUAAUUAAUCAGUAAGACCAUUCAAAUAAACAAAUUUAUAAACCGUACCCGUUUGUUGUCCUGCUAUCCUAAAUUUCUUUAUUUAGCGACAUCAUUAUAUUAUCAAACAGUCAAGUAACUAUUCUUGACACUCGUAAAGCAGAGUUAGCACAGGACAGUUGACGAAACAACGUUGAAGCCGGUUCCCAGGUGGUUUCUCUUUGUGGUAAUAAGCUACAGUACGUCAACAUUUACAAAUGAAAGCAACGACAAAGAUACAACAAUUGACCCAAGACUGAAUAGCGUGAUUAACAGCGGCUACAAUAUGUUGAACCUGUGAUGUUUAUUGAUCACACUCACUUAUGCUGCAACACUUCGGAGCGAUCACAGCAUGAGGCUAUCAAAUUUAAAACAUUUUCAUAGCUCCAUGACGCAGGUAGAUCGCAUCAGGGCCGCCAUGAGAUAAAAAUCUGUUUGAAUUUACUUUUGAGAAAACGAAAUAAUAAGAUAAUUAUGGCAGUGAAGAAGUGAGCAUAUCAAAUUUCUUGAAAAGGUCUCUAAAAUCAGUUUUCAGAGAGGGGCAAAAUCACAGCACAAAAAUUUCAUAUUUUUCAAAUGACACGAUAGCCAAGGGAUACAGGCUAACCCUCCUCCCAAAAUCGAGUUUGAGCUGCCUGAUCUUUUUGGUUUUCAGUUUCAAUAUUUUGCCUGAGGCUGCCUUGUCUAUAAAGAUGGUCUGUGGAGACGGUCCUGGCGGCUGUUGUCCAGGUUUCUGAUAACAGACGGGAUGUCUAUAAGUAUAACAUUCAGUAAAAACAAAUUAAGAAUCUGAACAACAAUCGCUAACAGAAAAUAAAAAUUUCAAGAACAAGUCGAAACGCCGCGGGCGACCGUAAAAAAGUAGGCGUGGGGUCUAUGUCACAAUCAUGCGCAAAAACACAAGGCUGCACGCACAGAGCACGUGGGUAACCUUUGAAGGCUGCGGAGCCUACCCGUCUACCAACACACGUGGGUAUUGUGAACGCGAUUGUCACACACAACGGCUUGGCAAGUGUGCAACAGCCUGAACGGUAUCUCUACACUGCCUGGAAUUUGCAUUAGAAAAGUGUACGAGAGUCAUCAUGGAAGGUGCUAAAUUGAGAUUGCCGCUAAUACUCGUCAGCCUGACAACCCUCUCACAUGGAAGACAUAUAGAUUCUAAAGAAGCACUGUAUACUCACACCCACCAGGCCUAUCUACAGAGAGGCUUUACCCAAGAUGUCAGGUGUCUUACGAGAUUGGGAAAUAACGAGCGAGUUCGAUCAGUAACCUGGCUAGAAUUAGGUGGACUGUACCCAGUACAGAUCGCCCGGUACGUCAUUCCUGGAUUGGGUACUAAUUAUACAAGAGACCAUCACUAUGGACUGACGGAAACAUACAGUCUAGUCAUUGGAGAAGCUAGAAUAAAUGACAGUGGGUUCUACGGAUGCAGGGUAACACUUCGCACCGGACAAGCCCUCGACCCAUAUGAAAUUACCAUAACCGUCGUGGAUACGACAUUCCCUGAAAACCUGGACCCGCAGAAUAUCACGGGAUUUAAUCUUCAGCGAGGACAGGAACAUGAAUUCCAGUGUCCGCUUUCAUCCUCCGAUCGGUCCAGAAAUACCACUGUUUACUGGUGCGAGGACGUCGAUGGAGAGACGAGAAUCAUGGAUGUCAAGUUUUCUGACGGGGAAGUGUUGGUAAAUAAAAACUACCUUGGGGAUACGACAUUCCCUGGAAACCUGGACCCGCAGAAUAUUACGGGCUUUAAUCUUCAGCGAGGACAGAAACAGGAAUUCCAGUGUCCGCUUUCAUCCUCCGAUCGGUCCAGAAAUACCACUGUUUACUGGUGCGAGGACGUCGAUGGAGAGACGAGAAUCAUGGGUGUCAAGUUUUCUGACGGGAAAGUGUUGGUGUUGGUGCAGCAAAUUCUGCCCAAGGCGUUGGACCAGCAGUACCGCUAG